AUGCAUAUCAGGAAGGAACUCAGCGAAUAUGUCUCCCGUCGAGGCACAGCUGGACCCUACACUGAUAACCUCAACGUCGAUGUCCUGAUCGUGGGAGCUGGGUUCGGCGGCAUCUACUGCCUUUAUGAAAUGCGAAAGCUGGGUCUGAAGACCGUCAUAUACGAGGCAGGCGAUGAUAUUGGUGGCACUUGGCGCUGGAACUGUUAUCCAGGAGCCGCGGUGGACUCGGAGAUUCCAGAGUACCAGUACUCCAUUCCAGAGAUCUGGAAAGAUUGGACCUGGUCGACGAAUUACCCCAACUAUGAGGAACUGAGACGGUACUUUGACCAUGUUGACCAGGUGCUUCAGGUAAAGAAGGAUUGCGCCUUCAACAGCGUGGUGGUGGAGGCCCGGUUCAACACGGAUGAAGGUCGCUGGCAUGUCAAAACGGCUGACGGGAGAAUGGCGUCCUCGAAGUACCUCAUUAUAGCGGCUGGAUUCUCUGCAAAGCGGUAUAUCCCUGAGUGGCCGGGAAUGGAUAAGUUCCAGGGAAUCAUCCACCACUCCUCCUUUUGGCCGGAUGAGCACAGCAUUGAUGUCCGAGGAAAGCGCUGUGCGAUCAUUGGAACCGGCGCGUCUGGUGUCCAAGUCACGCAAGCCUGGGGUCCAAAGGCCGGCUCGCUAAAGGUCUUCCAGCGAACCCCCAACCUGGCCAUUCCCAUGCGUAAACGGUCCCUAUCCGACAAGGAUCAACAAAAGGCCAAAGCACUGUAUCCCGAACUGUUCUCGCUCCGUGAAAAGGGCUUCGCGGGUUUCCUCUACCCAUUCUCUGAGAAGAGUCUCUGGGAAGAUAACGAAGAGGAACGGGAAGCUUUCCUCGAGAAGCUAUGGGCAGAAGGGGGAUUCCGCUUCUGGGUCGCCAGCUAUCGCGAUUACCUCUUUGACUCCGAAGCCAACCGCAUCGUGUAUGACUUCUGGUGCAGAAAGGUCCGUCAACGCAUCGGCGAUCCCAAGGCACGAGAGUUGCUCGCGCCCCACGAGCUACCGCACUACUUCGGCAUCAAGCGUCCUUGUCUUGAAGAAAACUACUUUGAGCAGUUCAACCGGGAGAAUGUCGAUGUGGUGGAUAUCAAGAAUAACCCCAUCGUCGGGUUCACCGAGACCGGCAUCAAGCUCGAAGAUGGCACCGUACACGAGUUCGAUGUCGUCUGCGUCGCGACCGGAUUCGACAUUACCACUGGCGGCAUGACCAGCAUGGGGUUGACCAGCAUCCACGGCACGACGCUCAAGGACGAGUGGAAGGAUGGAACGUACACGUAUCUCGGCUUGACGGUCAGUGGGUACCCCAAUAUGUUUCAUCUGUAUGGACCGCAGGGACCUACGCUGCUCAGCAACGGACCCACGACCGUGGAGGUCCAGGGCCGCUGGAUUGCAGAUGCGAUCAAGCAGGUUGAGCGUCAGCGGAUCAAGUAUAUUGACCCUCUCCCGGAAUCUGCUCGGGCAUGGAAGAAACGGAUCAAUGAACUCUCAGACAUGUCACUCUUCCCUACGACCAAGUCCACGUAUAUGGGUGGGACCAUACCUGGGAAAGUGUUUGAGCAGGGAAAUUAUACCGGCGGUAUACCUCAGUAUUUGGCAGAGAUUCGCACCGCUCUUCCCAAAUUUGACGGGUUCAAUAUUGCGAAGUAUUAG